UCAGGAGUUGCUAUAGCGACAGUGAGGGACAAAGAGCUGGUGGUUGAGCAUCAAGGGGCACUCGCCGUCGUGUUGUCCCACUCCGAGACUCGGAACCGCGCACCAGGACCUCGCCGCACAGGCCAAGAGAGACCAUGUUCCUGCCUAGACUGACCAUCCUUUUUCUGGCCUUCGCCACCAUGAUGUCAGCUGAGCCCCCUGGGUGCAAAAUUCGGAUUACCUCCAAGGGCCUCGACAUGCUAAAGUACGAGACCCAGAAGUUUGUGGAGGAGGAGCUGGAGAACAUCACAGUGCCAGACCUGAAGGGCAAAGAAGGUGGAUUACAGUACACCAUCCAAGACGUAAAAAUCCAGGAGCUGAACCUCACUUACGCAGACCUCCGUUUCCAACCAGAUGUGGGCCUGCUUUUUGAUAUCCAGAACUCCUCCAUUUCUCUCACCUUCCAGCGCCACAUACUCUACUGGUUCCUCCAUGACGUGGGAGCAAUCAACGCCUCAGCAGAUGGGGUAAACAUCCACGUGGCCCUGUACAUGACCCGGGACGAUUCCGGCCGCCUCAAGAUCUCCAACAUGUCCUGCGAUGCUGCCGUCGCCAAAAUGCGAGCCAAGUUCUCUGGCACCCUGGGGAAAGUCUAUGAGUUCCUAGCUUCCUUCUUGACAACAGGAAUGCGCUUCAUUUUAAACCAGCAGAUCUGUCCGACUCUGAACCAUGCUGGUUUAGUUCUCAUUAACUCCUUGUUGGACACUGUCCCAGUUCGCCAAACGGUGGACAAGUAUGUAGGAAUCGACUACGCGCUUCUCAGUGACCCUGUCGUGACCUCAAGCAGUCUGGACAUGGAUUUCAGGGGUAUGUUCUAUGUGCUGGAGAACCCCAAUGACACCAUCGUGAACUACGCAGCAUACCCAGUGGUCAGGGAGUAUGACCGCAUGGUCUACCUGGCCCUGUCUGAGUACUUCUUCGACAGCGGGAUGUACGCCUACUACAAAGCCGGGGUUUUCUCCAUGCAGAUAGCCAACGAGCGGAUGCCAAAAGACCUGGAAAUGCUCCUGAGGACCACUUACUUUGGGACCAUAAUGAUGCUGAACCCAGCUCUGAUGGAGGCACCUAUUUCUCUGGAGCUGGAAGUCUCCACUGCCCCGCGCUGCGUCAUUAAGACGUCUGGAGCCACUGUGGCCGUCACUGCCGUGGUGACUGUGAUGAUGUUGCCAGCUGGACAGACCCCUGUGCAGCUCAGUAGCAUGACCAUGGAAGCCAAACUUAAUGCCAAGGUGUCUAUGAAGGGCAAGAAGCUGGCUGUUCACAUGGACCUGAGAAGGUUUAAAAUCUACUCAAACCAGUCUGCUCUGGAAUCAUUGGCGCUCAUUCCACUCCAGGGGCCCCUUAAGACUAUGCUGCAGAUCUCCAUAGUGCCAAUUAUCAACAAUCGAACUAAGAAGGGUGUUCAGAUCCCACUUCCAGAAGGGAUGGACUUCAUCGAGGAAGUGGUGGAAUAUCACAAUGGGUUCAUCAUCAUCGGAGCAAAUUUGCACUUCACCAAGGGCCUGCGGGAGGUCAUUGAGAGCAAUCGACAGUACAUGCCCAGCAACAGCACCCUGGCACCUUGAAGUGGAACCCCAGUAGCCCAGACUCAUAUGCCCACCGCAGCUGGCAAGAUCUCAACACCCUAUCUUCAACAUAUCUCACCAUGUUACUCAACUUCUGUUUCUUUUUUUAAAGCUGUCACAAGGCAUCCUUCCUGCACUUCAAAUGCUGCAGCUUACUUCUACUUUCAUUGAAAGAACUUCAUCAACUGUGAUGAGCAGCCCUAUACAGUAGAUGUGCACACACAUUGCACAUGUCCCUAUUGCUCUCAGAUUAAUACUGUAUGACCUCAGGUGGUAUCACAGAAACAAGAUCCAGGUCCUGGUUAUUGAGAUUAUUCCAUCUGCUGUCAGAAUGUAUUGUUAGAAACUCACCAGAGAUGUUUGACUGAAAAUAUGUAAAUAUCUUUGCUGCUGUUUUUACACAGAUUAUACACAUACAAGUAUUUUUAAGAUACUUUUACUGCAAAGUCCUCUGAAAUGACUACACUGUCCCUUUUUCUUGAAGUGUGACAUUAUUGAGGUGCUGCUCUUUCUUAGUCAUGAUCAAAAAGUUCUAAGGCUUAAUGUUUAGUGUAAAUGUGUCAUGUGUAUGUCCUGUUCAGUUAAACUUGUGAUAAGGCAAUAUACAUUCUUCCCUGUGUUCCUUCUUCAGUCACACAAGCUGAGGUUGGGUGAGUUGGGACACAGGAAUGCUUUGUUCUGCAGAGAGUUAUGGGAAACUGGUUGAUGUUUUCUGCCCCCUGACAACAUUCCUACACACACUACUGUCUCUAGUCAACAAUUUACAUCAGAAAAAGACAUUGUCUACCCAAAUAUCAAAAUAAAACUGAUAGGAAAGAAAUUUUGACAUUCCAGGCAUCCAAGUAAUAACAAAACAGUAAGUACAAAUUUAAAAGAAAGGUCAGUGUAAAAAAAAAAAAA